AUGUUCGAUUCACCGAUGCCUUUCAACGAUCCACAAUCACUAUCAUCAUCAAAUCACCCACCACCUUCGUUCUCCCAACUCCUUGCUCUAAACUCGUCGGAAUGGAAACAAGCGGUGAUUGGGAGCUUAGCAGCGACGAUGUUUGGCGCUGUGCAACCGGUGUACGCGUUAACAGUAGGGAAAAUGAUUUCAGCUUUUUUUGUACUAAAUCACGAAGAGAUGAAUUCCCGAAUAAGAACUUACUCCAUAAUCUUCUGUUCACUUUCCAUCAUCUCUAUCCUCGUUAACAUCUUACAGCAUUACAACUUCGCAUACAUGGGUGAGACAAAGUUACUUACAGGAGGAGAUAUCGAUUUCGAUUUUAGCAGGAGGAGAUAUCGAUUUAGGGAAAAUGGGGAACACACAUUGGAUCUAUUAAUAAGGGAAGUAGACGUUAGGGGGUUUAAUUUAAUAAGAUAUUAA